CGCCUCCACCGCUGCUCUGAUUCCUUGUCUUUGUCUUCCGGCGGUGAGAAGACCACCCGCACGGGAAGGAGAGAAAGAAAGCACUUCUUUUUAUAAAUACACAGACUACCGAGAGUCCGAGAAACUGCAGAAUCGGGACUGGACACUUUUGGAGGGGAGAUUAUUUCUUGCAUGAGGCGAGCUGGAUCUGUUCUGUACAGCGGAGCGCACACUGCUACGUCUUUCAAUGGAUUUCAAAGCAGUGGAAGUGCCCUGGGAAUUAAACUACUGUUAAGUUGCUUCUAGUUCGCAAAUUUCGUUCUAACAAGGGUUUCUGUUUCACAUGGAGAGGAAGACGAUGAUCCUCGCAGGAUUGUAUGUCCUUCUGCCUCUUUUAGAUGUGUUGUCUUACGCCGAGGAGAGCCUGCGUGCUGGGGCCACCCGGCUGGACUGUGUGAGAGCCAGUGAUCAGUGCCUGAAGGAGCAGGCGUGCAGCACCAAGUACCGCACGAUGAGGCAAUGCGCGGCCGGCGGGAAGGAGAGCAACUUCAGCAUGGUGGCCGGUCUGGAGGCCAAGGACGAGUGCCGGAGCGCCAUGGACGCGCUCAAACAGAGCCCGCUGUACAACUGCCGGUGUAAAAGGGGCAUGAAGAAAGAGAAGAACUGUCUGCGCAUUUACUGGGGGAUCUAUCAGACAUUACAAGGUAAUGAUUUUUUGGAGGAGUCUCCAUAUGAACCCGUGAACAGCCGUCUGUCUGACAUUUUCCGCCUGGCUCCCAUCAUAGGUGAGCCUGCAGUAGCCAGAGAGAAUAACUGUCUGAAUGCUGCCAAGGCCUGCAACCUGAAUGACACGUGUAAGAAGUACCGCUCGGCCUACAUCAGCCCCUGCACCAGCCGCGUCUCCACCGCUGAAGUCUGCAACAAGAGGAAGUGUCACAAGGCCCUGCGGCAGUUCUUUGACAAGGUUCCACCAAAGCACAGCUACGGCAUGCUGUUCUGCUCAUGUCCACUCAGCGACCAGACGGCCUGCUCUGAGCGCCGGCGUCAGACCAUCGUCCCCGUCUGCUCGUACGAAGAAAAAAUGAAACCCAACUGUCUUGAGCUGCAGGCCUCCUGCAAGACCAACUACAUCUGCAGGUCACGACUGGCUGACUUCUUUGUCAACUGCCAGCCCGAGCCUCGCUCGCUGUCAGGCUGUCUGAAGGAGAACUACGCAGACUGCCUCCUCGCAUACUCAGGCCUGAUUGGUACGGUGAUGACCCCAAACUACCUGCGCUCGCCCAAAAUCAGCGUGUCUCCCUACUGCGAUUGCAGCAACAGUGGCAACAACAAGGACGAGUGUGACAAGUUCACCGAGUUUUUCACCGAGAACACCUGCCUCCGUAAUGCCAUCCAGGCCUUUGGCAACGGGACAGAUGUGGGAGUGUGGCAGCCGAUGUCCCCCGUCCAGACUACCACCUCCACCACCACUCCUUACCAGAGGAACCGCGAACGCAACCCCAAUACCAUUGACAACCACAUCAACACAGAUCCUGGCAUUUACCAGUUCUGUGGCAAUCUCCAGGCUCAGAAACUGAAGUCGAACUCCACUGUUGAUGGGAUCCUCUGUGUGGACCCUCAGAUCGACGGUCCAAGUACGUCCAACGCCAUCCUGAGAAACUCGGCUGUUUCCAGACGGCCCGCAGGCCUGGCCUCUCUGCUGCCCCCGCUGCUGUGGCUGUGGUACUGCAGCCUGCCGGCACUGCCCACGCUGGGCAACUUGUAGCCUCGUCGCUUCUCAGCAGCAAGCUACAACGGACUGACAAACACACAUUUGUAUAAAAGAAAAAGCAAAACAAGAAAUUAUAUGCUUUCU